AAUCUUGCUGCGAAAGCAGUCAACCUUGGUCUGAUCUCGCUCGCUGUAUCCUUCAUAGCAAUCCUUUGGCGCAUCUUCUACAUGCAAAAGCUGCAUCCGCUUUCCAAAUUCCCAGGACCAUGGUAUGCCAGUUCAUUCUCCAUUGUGAGCGCUAUAGUCUCAGUGCUACGCAAGGAGCCCCAAUGGCUCAUGUACCUUGAAAAGAAGUAUGGCACGGACCAUCCUAUACGCAUAUCCCCGACUUUGCUGCUCUUCCCCAAGCCAUCGUCGCUGAGAGAUAUUUACCGAGACCCCCAAUGUAACACAAAGGGCGGUCUUUACCGAGCCGGAUCUCUGGGACCCGCAAGCCUGGUAACGACGAUUGACGGGGAGCGACACCGCUUAUUGCGCAAAGCCCUGUCGAAUGCGCCGUGGACCAUCGGGCCACUGAAGAACGAAUGGGAGUCCCGUUUCGACGACCACAUCAGUCUCUUUAUCCAAAAGUUCCACGAGCACGCCGAAGCCAACCGCACCAUCUGUCUGUCGGACAAAGUAUCCGAGUUUGCGCUUGACAUCCUAGGCAUGAUUGCGUUUUCGCGGCCGUUUGGCUGUGUCGAGCAGCAGCGCGAUGUAAACGGACUGCUCAGCAACUUCCGCAAAGCACUGCCCAUCUUUGGGUUCUCGGGCCGCUUUAAUUUCUUCCGCGAGAAGAUCCUCACGCUGCCGUUCACGGGCGCGUUGCUGCUGCCGUCGCCGGCCGACGAGGCGGGAAUGGGCUGGCUGUUGGGUGAGGCGGGCCGCCAGAUUGCUGCGCGUGAAGAGCAGAAUGCCGAGAAGCAGUUUGAGGGCAGACCGGAUUUCUUACAGCACUGUCUCGAUGCCCGCUACUCCGAUGGGUCUUCCUUGAGCGCAAUUGACAAGCAUGCCCACAUCACUCUGCUCAUCCAAGCGGGCGCCGACACCACCGGCACAGCCAUGGGCAUGGUUCUCCAAUACAUGAUCAGUAACCCAUCCAUCCUUGCACGCGCACGUGAGGAAAUCGAAGCUGCCGAAGCACGUGGUGUGCUUUCCACACCCGUCCGCUACGACGAGGUGAGAGAGCAUCUGCCCUACUUCGUAGCGUGCAUCAAAGAGGGCAUUCGUCUUGGUCCCUCGGCUGCCAACUACUUCAGCAGAGUGAUUCCAGCCGGCGGCAAAGUCAUUGACGGUCAUUACAUCCCAGCCGGCACCGAUGUCACAUGCUACUCGUAUGUUGUGCAGCGCAACAAGGACUUCUACGGGGCCGACGCCGAAGAAUACAAGCCCGAGCGAUGGCUCCAAAGCCAGCAAAGAGCCUAUGAGCUAGAAGCGGCCCAAUUCACCUUUGGCACGGGACCUAGGGUCUGCGUGGGUAAAGACGUGGCAAUUCUGGAGUCGCAUAAACUAUUACCAGAGAUUAUCCGCCAGUUCGACUUUGAAGUCAAGCAGUUUGGACAGUACGUUGUUACGGGCGGUGUUGCUGCCAACGAAGGUUUCAUGGUCAAUGUUAUACCAAGGAAGCAGACCUAGUAAGAAGUCUCACAACCCUCC